AUGGAUUUGUUUUGUACUUGCUGACGCAGUUGAGACUUCCUCCUCUGUGUUUUGAUAAACAAACUGCAUUUUUCUCCCGCCGCCGCCGCAAACUAACCCUGUCAGCCUGCCAGCAUUGUCGGAUUUUACCCACCGAGAAGACAAAGACAGCCGAGGGAAGACGAGAGUUGGUUUAAAUUCACAGCAGAGGCGCGGGUAAACGGUUUCUUUUUUUACGAGGGGAGCGAAACCUGCAACAAAAGACUUUUUUUUAGUAUUAUUUGAAUCAUCAGCGCAUGGUCGACCGCUGGACCAAGCCAACCUGCUGACCACACUCUCUUGUCGGAUGCAUCUCAGUUAACCUGCCCGCUGUCGGUCACAUUGGUCCACCGAGAAGAGCCCUAACAUUAGACAUGGUGAAGCUGACAAAGGCCAAGACAUUCCAGGCCUACCUGGACUCCUGCCACCGUCGCUACAGCUGUGUCCACUGCCGCGCCCACCUGGCCAACCACGAUGACCUAAUCUCCAAGUCUUUCCAAGGGAGUCAGGGCCGAGCCUACCUCUUCAACUCUGUAGUGAACGUCGGCUGCGGUCCUGCGGAGGAACGGCUGCUGCUUACCGGGCUCCAUGCUGUGGCCGACAUCUACUGUGAAAACUGUCACACCACGCUGGGCUGGAAAUAUGAGCAAGCCUUUGAACUGAGUCAGAAGUACAAGGAGGGCAAGUUCAUCAUCGAGCUGUCCCACAUGAUAAAGGACAACGGGUGGGACUGAGGCGCGAACCUCGACGCUUUCUUCAUGACUCUCUUUCGAAGUUCCAUCCCCUCGGCCUAAAAGGGUUCCAGCGUAGCCUCCUCAUCCCGCAUACGAGCCAUCGCUAUGCCACCCUUUCACUUCAUACAGCUUUGCCAAGAAUAGCAUGUGAUGCCUUAUCUUUUUAUCUUCAUACAUUUUUCCAACAACUACGAGAGCACAUAUUGCGUAUAAUAGUGCUAUCCCAAUUCUUAGUUGUGCUGGGACAUGGCGUGAAUGAGUGUAGGGUUUGUGUGUUAACGACAGACUAGGAGACGUAGGCGCACAGGCACGUGUGCAUGUUGGGUUUUUAAGAGUGUGUGUGUUGUUUGAGUGAUGCCACCCUUAUCAGCAACCACAAAACGAACUCGCUCAGUGGGAGUGGGGUCAGUGAAAGUUUUUUUGAACUUCUGAUAAUUUGACCUUCCUUGAAAUUUGAUGCAAAUACUUGGGUUUGCCUUUUGGGUAAAAAGUGCACGUGUAGGUGUAUCUCUGAUGGCCCAAACAGUAAAUUAUUUAACCCAUAGCUCAUUUGCCAGUGAUACAAGUUCACGGGGAAUACUUAGAGCAAUAGGAGGGCUUGUUUUUAUUGUGUAUCAAUAAAGUUAAUUUUUUUUUUAUUGUACAAACGAUAACAUUGGUAAUGGUUUGUCCUCCGCAAGGCGAUCAGGGUAUUCAGUUCGUCGCUUAAAAAGGCUGUAAAAUUCUUCAAGAAUUCUUAGACAUGGAGUAUGAGUGUAUUCUGUUUGUGGGUAUACAUUUUAGUGCGUGUGUUUUAAUGUGAGAGAGGAUAUGUGUGUGUCUGUGCAGUGUGUGUGUGUGUGUGCUGAGAUGUCACAAGCUAGACGGUGUAGAGAAGCAUUUGUCUGGGGUUCACAUCUGGAGUUCGACAGUUGGGAUAUCCACUUUUACCUACUUCUCUUAAUCAGAUCGAUCCUUUGUAAAUAUAACUUAACAUUGAGCAGCCCUGAUGGAUACAUUUACUCAAUCAUGGUAGAGCAAAAUGUGUUUAGAAUUAUGUAGCAUAUUUAUGGUGAUUUUUACGUGUGCUUCUUUCAUUAAAGUGUAUUAUUUUAACCUUGACCUCUCACAUUAAAAUACGGUAUGUGGUAAAAUGUC